AAAAAGGCGUAAAUUUGUGUUUUUCUGAAUGGAGUGUCUCGGAGUUUCAUCUGUUCAGAACCUGCAGGCUCUGUCUGCCUUGUUGUCACCCCAGCAGGAGGAGGAUGAUGAUGAAGAGUGUAAAAAUGUGACAGCUGGUGCACGACUGGAUCCUGGACACAUUGGCCCCCCACCCAAAAAAGAUAAAGAAGCAUCAACCGCCUAUGUGAAGAAGAACAGCAAAGACAUCUGGAGCGAGGAAGAGGUUGCUGAUGGCUCCCAGUAUGAUGAUCUUGCUGACCCGCGGCCACAGCCUGAGUAUGAAAUAAUCCUGAAGCAGAGUGUGGGGACAGAGGAUCUGUUCUUGGGCUUGAAUGGAAAGGACCCAUCCUCCAUGUGCUGUGAAGCCAUGCUGGUGAAAAUCAAACUGCCAGACACUAAAGCAACAGAUGUGGUCCUGGAUGUAAAAGAAAAGUUCCUUGAUCUGCGGACGCCAAAAUAUAAACUGGGUCUUCAUCUCCCACAUCCGAUCCACAGCCACCAGGGAAAGGCUCAGUUCUUCAGUGAGAGGGAGGAACUGGAAGUGACUCUACUAAUGAAACGCCCAUUGGAUUUUAUUCACAUGCAAUAA